AGAGAGACGCAUAUAUAGUCUCCCUCACAUAGCUACUCCCUCAGUGCUAAUUGGGAGAGGUGCCUGGCCUAGCCAUUCAUUUCGCUGCAGCUUCAACGUAUGCAGGCCAGGCAGGUAGUAACAUAUAUUGGCCGCGCGGUGUCAUCUAUCUUCUAAGCUAGCUAAUAGCUGCAUGCGCUACUCGAUCAAUCUACCGCUACGGAGUAUAUAGCAUUUCUCUCAAUUAUAUAUCCAUCUUAUCCCAUAUAUAUAUGCCAAAAAACUGGAUCAUAUCAUCAUAUCUCUACAUUAAUUAACUAAAUGAUGAUGGGUGCAGAUGUGGGAGAGGUAGAGUGUAAGAGAUCAGCUGGUCGCAAUGCUGAUCCUGUACGCGGUGGUGGUAGUAGUAGUAGUAUUUGGGUGGCCGGGGCGGUGAUCGUGGGUGCGGGCCCCUCGGGGCUGGCGGUGGCGGCGUGCUUGAAGGAGAAAGGGGUGCCCAGCGUGGUGCUGGAGAGAUGCAACUGCAUUGCCUCUCUUUGGCAGCUCAGGACCUACGACCGCCUCCGCCUCCACCUCCCCAAGCACGUGUGCCACCUCCCCUUCAUGCCCUUCCCCCGCUCCUUCCCCGCCUAUCCUUCCAAGCGCCUCUUCAUCCGCUACUUGGAGGCCUACGCGCACCGCUUCCACAUCCGCCCACUCUUCCGCCGCACCGUCGUGUCAGCGGAGUACCGCGGGGGGCUCUGGAGGGUGAAGGCGCAACUUCAGCAGCACGAGGAGGAGGAGGAGAAAGAGAAGGAGGAGGAGUACGUGUGCCGGUGGGUGGUCGUGGCCACGGGGGAGAAUGCGGAGGCGGUGGCGCCUAGCAUCCAGGGGGCAGAGGACUUCGGCGGGCCCAUGAUUCACACCAGCUCCUACAAAAGCGGGAUGGGCUUCGGAGGGAAGAAAGUGCUCGUGGUGGGGUGCGGGAAUUCAGGAAUGGAGGUGUGCCUGGACCUGUGCAGCCACGGCGCCGCCCCCGCCCUGGCGGUGAGGGGCAGGGUGCACGUGCUGCCGCAGCAGAUGCUGGGCAAGUCAACGUUUGAAGUGGGCAUGUGGCUGCUGAGGUGGCUCCCGCCGCGCCUUGCGGACGCGCUCCUGCUCGGCCUCUCCCGCUUGCUGCUGGGAGACACGUCGCGGCUGGGUCUCCGCCGCCCGAAGCUGGGGCCCUUGCAGCUGAAGCACCUCUCGGGCAAGGCUCCUGUUCUGGACGUGGGAGCUCUGGCCAAAAUCAAGAGCGGGGAGAUCAAGGUCCGGCCGGGCAUUAAAAGAGUGGUGAGGCGGCACACGGUGGAGUUCGUGGAUGGAGAAGAGGAGCGCUUUGACGCCAUCAUCUUUGCUACUGGUUACAGAAGCAACGUCUCCUCUUGGCUGAAGCUACCGACGCCGCCGCAGCAGGAGGAGAAUAGUGCUGGGCUAUAUGCUGUGGGGUUUAGCAACCGUGGAUUGCUGGGUGCUGCCGUCGAAUCCAAGAGAAUCGCACACCACAUUGCAAACUCUUACGCCCUACUCGGCCCCCGCCCGCCCACCUCCUACCCGCACCAUUGCCGCAAGCCCUAGCUAGAUCACUUAGCUUCUUCCUCCACUAAAACAUAGGUUGGAGUAUUGGACCAGCUAUAUUCUUAUUCUCUAAUGUUUGAUCCUAUUUAAAUACCUAGCUAGUAUGAAAGUUUCCCAAACAUGACCCAAUGGUUCUUAAUAAUUAUUUAAAGAACAUACAAGACAAUCUUGAUCCUCUCGAUCUCCUCUUUGUCUAUUUUUUUUAGUCUCACCAUGUCACGAUUUUUCUCACCAAUAGUUCUUCGUAUGCACAUCUUCUCAUACACACCUUAUAUACUCAUCAAUGA